AUGGCCACGCUACACCAACGAAUGAGCAACAAGCUCUCCAUGGUCUCCAACCGGAGCUCGGAUGGCCUCUACAAGCACCGUCAAAGUCUUCUCUUCCGCGAACUCGAAAUCCUUCUUGAACUCACCCCCAGCACAUUCAGUUCUCCACUACUGGCGCUUCCAAGGGAAAUCCGGGACCAAGUAUUCAGCUAUGUCUUGCCCGACACUUCGAAGAACCGGCCAGAGCUACACACUUGCCUCUGGAGUGCGGAAAUGUCCAGCGGAGAGCCUUGGAGACACGACAUCUUCGGAUACGGACCCUCGGUGCCCAACGCUUUGCGCCUUCACCCGGGGCUCCUUUUGAUUAACAAGCAAAUCCGUGAGGAACUGCUGCAAAACUAUUUCCGGCGCAGUAAAAUCACACUCCACGCAGAGCUGCGCAACACGCGGACCAACAAUGAAUAUUUCGAGUUCUCGCAGCACAUCCUUAGACUACCCAUGCUAAAGCACACAACGCACGUUCGCUUCUAUCUCGAGUGGAACUACACGACGCUGAGAAACGGCACCCGAGACCGGAUGCUCAAGGACCAAAUGCGCAUGACGUACAAUCUACUGGCUUCCAUAGACAAGAUUCUCCAACCCCUACCAAACAUUGAGACAAUCGAGCUGUCGGUUCUCUUCUUCUGGAAAUACCGCAGCGGCAAAAUGUACAGUCUCUCCAUGCAGGAUCUCUUUGACCUUGAAGGCGUCUUCAAGCGCUGUGCUGAGCUGCGGUGGCUGGGCCUACUCGGUGAAAAUGAUCUCCCUGGCAAAGUCAAACAUACAACCUCUACUUAUCUCAGUCCUUCAUCCGCGAUACCACAAACAUCAUCAGCUGGUGUGGGAUACAAGAUGUCGACAGAGCGCAAAGGCACAGAGCAGAGCGGCGGCAUGGAAAUCUGCAUCAGUCGCGAUCUCAGUGAUGCCAUGGAGGAGCGGCGAAAGAGCACUGUAGAUUUCUUUGGCAACUACGAGAUUGGUGAGCCGUUGCCUCUACCGUCGUACCGACAUGGUGCCAUGAUAUGA